AUGGUUCGUGUAGCGCUACCAUCAGAGAACGCGGCUGUUGCUAGCAGUAGUAUGAGAAAAUACGUGUCAUUUUCCGUAUCGUUGCCGAUAGUUUUGUUUAAAUCAGGUCCUUUAUCAUCAUUUCCUAUUUGUAAUCAAUCGUUACCAUCACGAGAACGAGCUGCUGAUUUAAUAAAUCGUAUGACUAUACUAGAGAAAAUCUCUCACAUGAUUACAACAGCUGAUACAGUGCCUUGCCUUGGUUUACCUAAAUAUGAAUGGUGGUCAGAAGCUCUUCAUGGUCUUGCUUAUUCUCCGGGUGUAAUAUUUGACGGCGAUUUACCUGCAGCUACUUCAUUUCCUAUGCCAAUUAAUCUUGGUGCAACAUUCAAUAUGAAACUUGUACAUGAUAUAGCAAGUAUUAUUUCAACUGAAGCACGUGCUUUUAAUAAUGAAGGUCAAGCUGGUCUCACGUUCUUCACUCCAAAGAUUAAUAUCUUUCGAGAUCCACGUUGGGGACGUGGACAAGAAACACCUGGUGAAGAUUCAUUUCUAACAUCUCAAUAUGUAUAUGCACUUAUUCAAGGUUUACAACGUGGUGAUGAUGAACGGUAUUUAAAAAUAGCUGCUAAUUGUAAACAUUUCGAUGCUUACGAUUUAGAAAAUUGGAAUGGAACAAAUCGACAUCAUUUUGAUGCUAAAGUAACUGAUCAAGAUUUAGUUGAAACAUAUCUACCAUCAUUUAAGACUUGUAUACAAGAUGCACAAGUAGCUAGUAUUAUGUGUAGUUAUAAUUCAAUUAAUGGAAUACCAGCUUGUGCUCAUCAAUUUCUAUUAGAAACUAUUGCGAGAGAAUCAUUUCAUCUGAAUGGAUUUGUUGUAAGUGAUUGUGGAGCUAUUGGUAAUAGUUUAUAUACACAUCAUUAUACAUCAACUGUCGAAGAUACAGUUGCAGUUGCGUUACACGUUGGUACAGAUCUUGAAUGUGGUGUUUUCUAUUUGUUUCAUUUACCAGAUGCAUUAAAUAGUAAAAAAAUAACUGAAUCUGAUAUUGAUCGAUCAUUGAUGCGUACAUUUCAUGUUCUUAUUCGACUCGGUUGGUUUGAUCCACCAGAACAACAAAUUUAUCGACAAUUGAAUAAGAAUAAUGUUGAUACAUUAGAAGCAAGACAAUUAUCACUUGGAAGUGCACAAGAAAGUAUCGUUUUAUUGAAGAAUACGAAUCAAGUAUUGCCAAUAGAUAUGGAGCUAUUGAAGAACAAGAAAAUUGCUUUGAUUGGACCAAUGACAGAUGCAACAGUAACAAUGCAAGGCCUCUAUCAUGGACGAGCUCCAUUUCUCAUAGAUCCCGUAACAGGUUUUAAAAAUUUAACAGCAGGUAAAUUGAUUAAUAUUGAAUAUGCUCGUGGUUGUGGAAUAUCAAGUUAUAAUGAAAAAGAUUUUGCUGCUGCGAUUGAGUUAGCUCGAGCAUCAGAUAUUGUCUUUUUUUUCGGUGGAAUUGAUAAUACGAUUGAACGUGAAGGAGUCGAUCUAACUCAUUCACCACUUCAUAUUGUGAUUAUGUCUGGUGGUGGAGUUGACUUCUCUUAUAUUAGAGAUUCAACACAGUGUGCUAGUCUUAUUUGGAUUGGCUAUCCAGGACAGUCGGGAGGACUUGCCAUAGCUACUGUUAUCUUUGGUCAAUACAAUCCAGCUGGUCGUUUACCUGUAACAAUUUAUCCAGCAUCUAGUACUAUGGUUUCAUCUUAUUCUAUUCAAUCUUUGCUAAAACAUAAUCAUAAACUUGAGCGUACAGUUAUAUCUUUAAUUCGUGUUAAUAUAACAAAUACUGGAAAUAUGGCAGGUGAUGAUAUUGUUUUAGCUUAUAUUACACUACCCAAUACAAUUGAUCGUCAAAUCGUACCUUUUAAACAAUUGUUUGGUUUUGAACGUGUUCAUUUAGCUAUCAAUGAAACAAAAUAA